CCAGGACCUGAAGCUGCUAAAAAAGCCAAGGCUCUAAAGGAAGAAGGCAAUGCGUUUGUGAAGAAAGGCGAACACAAGAAAGCCGUGGAGAAGUACACGCAGUCACUCGGUCAGGACCCCAAAGAAGUCACAACCUACACAAAUCGGGCUCUCUGCUACCUGUCAUUAAAGAUGUAUAAAGAAGCUAUUAGCGACUGUGAUGAGGGUCUUCGAUUGGACUCUGCCAACAUUAAGGCUUUUUACCGACGUGCCCAGGCAAACAAGGAACUCAAGAAUGCCACAGAUGAUUGA